UUCUGAUAAUUUCUUUUUAAAAUUAUGUGUAUUAGCCCGCUUUUAUGCACGCGUUUUUUGUCGCCUGUCGCGUGGCGACAAAAAACGCGUCGUUUUCUCAACGCAUUGUCUUGUAUGUAGCCAUUUAUGCAUCAACGACGGUGAGCCGCUCGAUGCCCGUGUCGCGGCGUUCUCAAAUUUGGUCGCCUGGAAUUUGAGAACGCGUGGCGACAGGCGUUUUUUGGUGGGUGUUGUCUAAAGACUGAAGACGUGUGCUACAAUGGAACAUCUGGAUGUCGAACUAUUCAUCGACGCAAUAGAAAAACGACCAUCUUUGUGGGAUUCAUCGUCAGGAGACUACAAAGACAGACAGCUUAAAAAAGACGAUUGGAAGGAAGUGUGCGAAAUUGUUAUCCAAAAAUUUGGGGAAAAAGAUGAAAAAGAAAGGCAGGAAAUUGGUAGAGAAAUUCAACUUAAAUGGAAAAGUCUGAGGGAUGCUUAUGUUCGUACCAUUCGACAGUCUAAGGGAAAAAAAUCAGGAGCGUCUGCUAAAGCUGUAAAAACGUACAUCUAUGCUAAACAAUUAGAAUUUUUACGAAAGGUGACUGGUUCCCGUCAGACAGAGAGCUCACUACCAAGUACAUCAAGAGAGGGCCAAGAAGAUAUGGAUGUUUCAAAGGACAUAAAUGACAUGCAAAGUACUUCAUCAGAUGUCCAACAUACUCAGUUCGACAGCCAAAUGGAAACUGGACGAACUCCUAGUAGAAGUACUCUCUAUAGAAGAAAGAAAUCAGAUUUAGAAAGUAAACUUGCAAGCUAUAUUGAUUCCCAUAACAGACAGCCAGCAUUAGCUAUACAAAGUCAACCACAAGAAACUGAUGACAUGGCCUUUUUUAGAUCAUUACAAGCAAGUUUAGAUACGCUCACUCCGAAUGAGAAAUUGAAUUUUCGAAUAGAGGUCAUGCAAUUAUUAAGCCGAUAUACUAACAAACAACCAAAUCAGUAUAUACACAAUUUUCCAAAUCAUAUACCCCAUUACCAACCACAGCAAUAUCCAGUAAUGACCAACAUCUCUAAUAUACGUUUUAAUACGCCAGCACCUCCAUUCGCAUCAUAUUCUACAGUAUCAUCUGAGAUCACACCUCAUUUGCCUCAUCCUAAUACUGAUACUACUGAAUCACUUGCUGUGACACUGGAAUCUCCUACACGGAGCCUUGAGAUCAAAGGUUCUAAGGGAGUACAUCUGGAGUCAAGAGGAGGUGGCAUCGGAGCCGUGGCCUUCAAUGACAUUUCCUUUAAAUCCGAAGUAGGAGCCUUACGCCUAGAUACAGCUUCCAUCCUGAUGCCAGCUCUUCCAACAGCCAAACCGACCUCUCCAGGCCACCUGAAGUACUCGAACCCGCAACCUGCGGGCUUAGGCUCCGCUCAGUCUGCACCUGACAUCUACCAACUGUGCGUGUGUGAAAGCGGAAAACUGUUUUUGGCCUCUCCACAUUUAGUGUGCGCAUCAGAAAACGACGAUCGCGUGUGUCGAUAA